GAGUCCAAGACACAAUGAGAAGGAAUCUGCGAUUGCAGAGUCCAAGACACAAUGUGAGAAGGAAAAGGAAUCCGCUAUUGCAGAGUCCAAGACGCAGUGUGAGAAGGAAAAGGAUGAGCUGCGCAAACAGGCCGAAGGAGCCGCGCAGAAAGAGCGGGAGCAAUGCGAGAAAGACAAAUCUCAACUGCGCCAGGAACGCGACGACGCGUUGCAAAAGUGCAAGUCGGACUGUGAGGCGGAGAAGGAACAGCUCCGCCAGCAAGGCACCGAUGGAGCAAAGCAAUGCGAGAGCGACAAGGCGGGACUACAGCAGCAGCUCAAGACCUGUCAAGACAACCAGCAGCCGACGAAGCCUACCGAUACAGUCGCAGCCCAGGACCCCAAGUGCCGGGACAACAGCUGGCAGAAUAUGUGCGGUGGCGUGUGCCAGGAGGACACCUUCACCCUCGCUGGAGUCGUGUUCAAGAAGAGAUGCUUCGUGCGUACUGUCAUGGGACGGGAAGUACAGGUCUACCACCGCUCGUCGCUUCUCGAGUGCCUGGAGAAGGACUGUGCUCCCAACCCCAACUGUCUGGGUGUGGGAUGGAGGCCAUGGGAGGUCGGACAUUGUCAUGUUCAUAUGAGCAUCGGCCAUGGUCUUCGCACCGCGUAUAAUCCACACGAGCAUUUGAUCUACGCAAAGGAUCGAGUUACGCCGCUGUGA